GCGCACCGUGCUAGCGGUAGCAGCCGCAGCUCGCAUGCUGUAGGCCGCGCUGCACCGAACGGCACGGUCCGGUGUUCUGCCGCCAGCCGCGCGUCCAACACGGCUCUUGGAGGAGGAAACAUGCAGCGUCGCUGUAUUUACCGAGCCGCGUGCUUUUUCGUCUCGCUCGUUAACGCCGCGAGCUUCAAAUAAACUGAAAGCUUGUUGAAGUCUCGUGGAAGCGUCGGCGGCAGCUCCACCACCUUUACGCGGAGGAGUGUAAAAGAAAAUGGAAAAACAUGAGAGACAGGUACUUGAAGGAAGUCCGAAUGGAGAUCAAAAGCAAGAAGCAAGGAGAGAUUGUGCAAAGUAGAUGGAAAUAUAGACAACUUAUGAACUUUAUCGCACCCUUCACUGGAUCAAGAAGCGGCGAGGCAGAUAUCUGCGGCAGCAAUGACGAUGAUCACGACAAUCCUGACAACGAAUCUGGCAGUGCCGAGGCAGAAACCACAUUGUCUGAGGCAGUCAAGACCAAGCAGUCCGUCAUGAAGGUCCCUGUGAGUCAACCCGACCUCAAGUCCCAGGUAGCGUUUGUGACCCAGUAUCCUUCAAUGUCUCAAGAUGCACAGCUGGCCCAGCUGGCUGUUCUGGCUAAGAUGCCAUCGAGCCCACAGAUCACCCCCAUCAGCAAAACUGGACGGAAACGGCGCCUAAUGCAAGAGUCACUUUCACUGUCGUCUUCUCAAAGUACACCAUCCCCUACAAAGUGGCUGGUCAAAGACAAUGGCACCCCAUUUCCCAACAGGCCACGGGAUGAGGAUGAACUCUUUCUUCUGAGCUUUGUCCCCGCUCUGAAGAGACUUGCUCCACAGAAGAGGUGCGAGACAAAAAUAAAGAUCCAGCAGGUUAUGUAUGAAGCAGAGUUCAACGUUGUACAGCCAGGAUCUCAAGAGAAACAGCCGGAGCCAGCAACACAGGACUAGGCCAAACUGACUAUUUUUAUACUUUAUUCUGCUUUCUAAAAACCUCUUCCACAAAAUAUUUUUCUUUUUUACAGCACAAAGUGGUUGAGUCUGAAGUACAUCCUUUUUUAAUGUGAAAUAAUUAACUUUGAGGAAUAACUAAACAUACAACUAUUGAGCAAGUUGUUGAAUUUUUUUGGUGUUUCUUGAUUUGCAUGUUUAUUAGAUGAGUAAGGCUUAUGAGAGAAUGAAGCCCUAACAGAUUUACCCAUUAAUAGGAAAACAAACGGACUAUGAUUAACAUCUUUAUUUACAUAGCUUUACUGUCAAUAGAGUGAAUUCACAUUUAGAUAGCUGGUAGGUUCAACCAGCCAUCUUCAUUUCAGUAAUAAUUCUGUAAUCUACAGUAUUUUACAUUUAAUUACAGUGAUGAAGCAAAAAAGGCAUUUUAGAGAGGAACACUUUCAUAAAUUAAUAUUUCAACUGCUUACAUGCAUCAACAUAUUUCUUUUUAAUCACAUCUAAAAUAAAGCGACAAUGUCUAACAUUGUUUUGAUUCCG